AUGGUUGUGAUGGCUAACAACACAAGUAAUGUGCCUGAAGUGUCUCAGUUUAAUGCCAAUAUUGAUGAUCCUAAUGACAACUUAUUUGACUUGGAGCCAACGUUGCAUAUGUGUUUUCAGAAAAUGGAAGAAGCAAAAAAAUUUUACACAAACUACGCCACUAGAUGUGGAUUUGCUGUGCGGACAAGAACUUCUAAAAAAGAUAACAACAACAAUGUGUACUGCUUGAGAUUAGUUUGCUCAAGGGAAAGGAAAUAUGUGUCUUUCAUCAAACCCGAGAAAAGCAUGCAAGCUAAACACACCUUGGAGGUGAACGAUGAUGCAGGAGUUCGGAUUAAUAAGAGUUUCCUUAGCAUCGUGACCGAUGCAAGUGGAUUUGAAAACAUGGACUUCGUCGAGCGAGAUGCGCGAAACUACAUUGGCCAACACAGAAUAUCUUUAUGUAAGGAUGGUGAUGGUCAGGCCCUCCUACGACACUUUUCAUCAAUGAAAGAUUUAAAUAACGAGUUCUUCUAUGACAUUGCAUUGGACGAAGGGAAUAAAUUUUGUAGUGUCUUUUGGGCAGAUGCAAGAAGUCGAGCAGCAUGCGAAGAAUUUGGUGAUGUGGUGUCUUUCGACACCACGUACUUAACAAAUAAGUAUGACAUGACAUUUGCGCCUUUUGUCGGAGUUAACCAUUAUGGACACUCCAUUUUACUUGGUUGUGGAUUGCUGUCGUCGGAAGAAACUGCCUCAUUUGUAUGGUUGUUCCAAUCUUGGCUUAGAUGCAUGGGUAAUAAGGCUCCUGAUGGGAUUAUAACUGACCAAUGUAAGGGAUUAUAA